AUGGCCCGCUGCCUGCUUGAGAACGGGGCGGAAUCCACGAUCAGAUCAAAGCCUUGCGGUCACACGGCGUUACAUUACGCUAUGCGUUCGGGGCGGAAUGAAACUGGAAAAUCGAGAGAUGAUGGUACUCUCGUUCACGACCUGAUGGAGUAUGGUGCGGAUGUCAACUUUGCGUGCUGA